AGAAACAACCAAAGAAACAAGCAGCAAGUAAAUCAUGGACUGCUGUGGCGGUGGCAGCCUUUUCAUGGAGCCAAGAUCCACUUAUUCUCCAACAUUAUCCGAUGAAACUCUGCGGAAACUCCCCGAUGGCAGGACGCUGGCAUACCGAAUUUGCGGCGAGACUGCAGCCAAUUGCAAACAAGUGGUCUUUGCCUUUCAUGGAGCAUUGGGCACGGGCGACUUUGAUCAUUGGUCUUAUAUCUUCCAAAAGCUUGGAUGGCUUGUGAUCUCACCGACGCUGCCAGGAUGGGGUCUCUCUUCUGCUAAUCCAUGCUAUACGCUAAAUCACUAUGCAAAAUACGACAUAAAGCACUUGACGGAUCACAUUUUUGAUACAGUUCUCGGUUCCAACACGAAACUGGAACGAUCCUUUCUGUGCAUUGGGAUCUCUUAUGGAUGUAUCCACGCCAUUGCAUGUGCUGUGCAUCUUUCGGAACAAGUAUCAGGUCUUUGCCUUCUCGGUCCUCAUGGCCCUUUUGACGACCCAUCCUUUGACCCACUACAAGGCAUGGCUUUUCAAUCCAAACUUGGAUUGGGUACCGUUGGCUUUUACAUGCCAUCGAUGACCAGUAUCACUGGGAAAAUGGUGCAAACAUCUGUCUCCACUCCUUCAAAAGCGAGGGAAUUUGUAAAGACCAAUCUACUAGAUGCCAUGAAUGAUGCUGAAAAACAGCACUUUGCCGCGGCCUCGAAAGAUCUACAGAACAAGGUUGCUUCUGGUGAGGGUAUACGCGACAGUCUCUCUGUCUCAAUCCAGGGAUAUGUGGAUAUUCCUGUUGUUCUGCGAAGUUGGAGUGUCAAAGAUUUGCAAAAGAUCGAAUGUCCCAGUCACAUAUUUGUGGCCAACGACGAUGUGCAGACCCCCGUUCAUGGUGCUAGGUAUAUCCACGAAAAGCUACAAGAGUACGGCAAACGCUCCAAAUUGACCGAGUUUGACAAAGGUGGUCACAUGACUCUUGUGUUUUGUUUUGAUGAGUGCCUGGAAGCCUUUGUCAAGGAAUCGUCUGAAUCAUCAUGAUGAGCAAAUUUUACAACCAUUCCACAAACAAUGACGAUGUGCUAGACACCCAUAAUAUACCUUUGGCCACUAUCAUGUACAAUAAUUUUUAAAAGUAUGCUUUUUACUCUU